AUGAGGCAAGGAGCAAGCGGGGCAAAAUCCGCGCUGUGGAUAUCUCUUCUGCAUGGAUGCCUUUUUUUCAUCGCUGGAUCUGGAACAGAUGCACCUGUAGAUAAUACAACAAUGGACAUAUCCUCUCAAAGAUUCCGAGCAGAGUUCCUCCAAGAAUGGCACGGCUCACCAGAUGCACCGUACUUUGAUCCUAGCACGCCAAGAAAUAUCACUGGGCUUGUUGGACAUCCAGUAAGACUUCUAUGUAGAGUAAAAAAUCUUCAAAACAGAACUGUCUCAUGGGUGCGGCACCGUGAUAUCCACCUCCUCACUGUUGGGCGGUACACCUACACUUCAGAUCAGCGUUUUGAAGCUCAACACAAACCAAGGUCUGAAGAAUGGGCUUUGAGGAUACGCAGCCCUCAAAAACGAGAUUCGGGACAAUAUGAAUGUCAAAUAUCCACUACUCCGCCUAUUGGUCAUGCUGUAUUCCUUAAUAUUGUUGAACCAGAAACAACGAUAUCGAGUGGCGCAGAAUUAUUCAUACAGGCGGGAUCUACAAUCAAUCUCACUUGUACAGUACGACACACCCCAGAGCCCCCUACUUCCAUUACGUGGACUCAUGGAGAACAGACAAUAAACUUCGAUUCAGCAAGAGGAGGUAUUUCAUUGGUGACAGAAAAAGGUCUUAAGAGUACCAGCCGUCUUUUGGUUCAACGAGCUCGAGGAUCUGAUGCUGGGGUCUACACCUGUGCACCAAACAAUGCUCCACCAACUUCAAUACGAGUUCAUGUAUUAUCUGGUGAAUAUCCGGCGGCAAUGCAACAGGGCAGUGCGAAGUCGUGCUUAGAUUUUUCUGUGACGAUAUACUUUUCAAUAUUAAUUUUAUACACAAUAUUCUUCUCAGAUCAUUUACAAUUUGGAACU